CGCUGGGGUUUCGAACGAAAGAAUAAAAAAAAGUCCCCCGUUUCCUAAAGGGGUUAUCCUCGAACCCCAAGGCUCUCCCUUUGUCCCCGCUUCCCGAAGCCGUCCAAAGCUUCGGAAUCGAGGAGAGAGUUCCUCGUCCUCUCCUCCCCACUUCUUCUAUCCUUGAACCCCCUAGAAAUCGUUUCUUUAGCGUUGGGCGAAUUCCAUAGAAUUCCAGAGUUUUGCAGUCCGCUGGGUUUGUUUUGAUUGGUUUUCGACUAUGUUCGCUGGAAGUUUGGAUUUAGACAUGGUUUUCUUGGUUUCUUGAUGACAAGCCAUGAUUUCUUUGAGGGGUUUUUGGAGUAGGCAUAGGAGGAAAGUGCUUGUUGCUCUCGGAGUAUUUGGAAGUGGUUAUGUUAUUUAUAAGCUCCAUGAUGCUCACAGAAGAAGAAUCUCUGAUUUGGAGAGGCAGCUGGAAGGCGAGCGACAAGUUGAGGAACUCGUUAAAGCCCAAUUGCAGACGCAUUUUGAAAACAUACAAAGAAUAUCAGAUACGACAACAUUGCCAUCUGCUAUGCACUAUUUGCGGUCUCGGAUAUUGGAGGAGUUGGAUCUUUCUCAUUUGACCGAUAAGCUAAUGCAAGGGAAGGGACAAUCCAAUCCUCUUACAUUCGAGGAGAAGCUCGAGCUGUGGGAAAGGCUUAAAAUUCUAAGUUUCACGAGAAUAGCUUCCUCAUUGUGGUCAAUGACAAUGCUUUGCCUGUAUGCUAGGGUUCAGGUCAAUAUCUUAGGGAGGCAUCUCUACCUAGAAAUUGCGCGUGGUUCGGAAAGCUCUCAGUUACUGGAUGAAUCUGACUCAUUUAGCAGGCAUGGGCAGCAAGACUUUCUAGCAACUGCUGAUUAUCUUUCUGCCCAUGGCAUCAACAUGUUGAUUAUGAACAUGCAGAAUGCUGCUACUGGAGUUCUAAAAGAAAAGCAGCUCAGGGAUCUUUUCAGCAUGGUCCAACUGCGUGAAACAAUCAUACAGAUACUGGAGUCGUUCAUGAGCAUUGGUGGACCUAAUUACUGGAUGUUAUACUUGGUUCCUGAGAAUGCCACUGCAUACAGGCAACUGAUGGUUAUGUCUGCCAAAGGUUUUGAUGAUUCCUCCAUUCUUUUGGAUGUUGGCAAGCUUGAGCAGCUAAUGUCAGAGACACGUAUGGUGCUAUCAAGCCCUGAUUUUGGAAAUAUUGUGGAGAUAUCAUUGAAGAAGGUAGUUGAUUUGCUAGUGGAUGAUAUUAGCAUGCAGCUUGAAGGGAUUAGUCGACCCUCCGGAGUUCCCUUGGCUAAGCUAUUGCCUCGAAUAACGCAACUUAGCCUGCCACUGCUCGAGGAACCCAGCGACAACAAGUUCAUUCAGUCCAUUGGAGGACUGCCGGAGGUUGAAAUGUUUUACACCCUUCUAUAUGCAAACAUGCCCAUACCAUCACACGAUUCUUCGAAAGAGAUGUAACCAAUACAAUUACCAUCUGUAGCAUGCUGGAUCUUCAUUUACAGAGCUUGGUUUCUUACAUGGGGGUGGCGGAUAUCCCAACAGUGAAGAAAAAUUGUUGUAAUAGUUAUUUUUUUGGCUGUGGCGUCCGGUAUUGACUUAUUGGCUGUGGCUUCCAGUAUUUUUUUUGGCUGUGGCUUCCAGUAUUGGUUUGCAAGGGUAUUUCUGAAUGCUUUCUA